AUGAAGGAGGAAAUGCAAUCUUGGUUUCAAGGAGUUGGUUAUGAGGAAGGGUUCGAUCAGUGUGAGGUGACGCCUAUCAAGUUUAACAUGUUCUACAGUCUUGCUGAUGCUCAAGGUAUUUUAGUUGUUUUGAAUACCAGAACUUGUUCUUCUGCCUCCGCUCCUACUUCGACCCCUUAUCCUACCCCACCUAUAGAAGUUUCAGAUCAUAUGCUCAAGGUGGAUCAUCUUGUAGAUGUCACAUAUACUUUGAAAAUGAGGGACCUAGAUUCACCUCCAAUUUCAACAAAGAGGGCCGGGGAGGAGGAACAACAAUAUCCCCGGACUAAGGCUUUUCUCCAAAAUGGACUUGAGUUGUAA